AUGAGAUUUUAAAGACUUACAUUGGAUGAAAGUGGAUUCAACUUUAAUCUAUUUCAUUUUUUAUUGUUACAGGAUCCAAUAUUUAAAAAUAAGAUAAAAAUAGAUAUUCCAGAUACAAUUUAGAUCAUUUAAGGAUAACCAUAUUUUUGGUAUUUCAGUCAUAAUUCAUAAAUAAUGAGAAAAAGCAAAUCAAAACUUAACUGGGAAGAUAUCUUAAAUGAAUUUAUAACAGAUAAAGAAGAUUAACAUUCAAUAUGUGCAAUUUGGAUAAAUAAAUCUAAGAAUUUAACAACUUUUGAAUAUUUGUCAUAACAUUUACUAUAUUAAUUUUUGACUUUAAAAAUACCAGAUAACACAAAAGGAUAUUUAUAAAGAUUUGUUUAUCCAAAAAGUAUAAAUGAUAUAGAUAAUAUUGAUUAGGUAGUUGUAAUGAGGUUAUUAAAUGUACAUGGACUAAUAAUUUAUGUUUCUUCGAAUGUUUUUCUAAUUAAUAUUAAAUUAAAUUUUCAAAAGCUGAUAUAUAUUAAAGAGCAGUUACUUUUUGA